UUGAUCAUUGCUGUUGGAGGGCAGCACCGGUCGGACGUCCAUCAUCCGUAAUUUUUCCACAUCCAAAUGAUUAUUUUUCAUUGAAAGUAUCUUUUUCUUUAACUUGCCACAAAAUCUCUCAUCUGAUCCAAAUCUGAUCCACCAAUUCCAAUAUUCAAUCCAACUGAUCCAAUCCACCUUGCUGGCCUGGGACCUCGUGCAAACGUUGCUUGCCGCUUCACUUAUUUGAAGACAUACACAUAACUUAGACUGAGCGAACUUAAAAAUCCUUGACUCAUCCACAGACUAAUACAGAUGUCUGUUGUGGUCUUGUGGCAUCCACGGCCUGCUAGCAUCACAUCUCUAUGUCAUUAAAUUAGCGACAAGUUGUCAAAAACAAAAAAUGAAUUUCCUAAUGGUCUUUUCUGUGGUCAUCGCUCUCGGCAGUGCUGAUUGCGACCCCACUAAUUGGGUUGACCCUUCUGAUCUUCACUCGUAUGACCACACAUUGAAGAAAAACGUGGGAAGCCCACGUGAAGGCCAAUUUUUUUCGGAUCCAUCAGACCUUCAUGGUUUUGGAGAGUUGAAAAGUUCAAAAGCGUCCGAAGUGACUGAAAAAGUCCAGAGAGGUGCUACUGCUUUGACUUCAGAAAAGGACAAACAAAAUUUCUGCGCCUUUGAAAUUUUUGAAAAGACUGAAUCUGAGCUGAGAGAAUGCAAAAAAAUGUGUACUACAUCGAAAGAGAAAUUGACCAUGUCUCUCCUUCAGCGACAAACGUCCAUGAUUUUGGCUGCUGCCAACUUAAUGACUGAACCCAGUGAUGGGGGCUCUUACUCUUAUCAUGAGCGGUACAUGAUAAUUUUUUUAGAAGAUGAUGCCUUGAAGAAAUUGCAAGAAUUUGCCAAAACAGGGGAGAUUGACUUGUUGGCACUUGAUUCUAUCUGGAGCAAUAUGUUAGUGAAGGCUGAGAGUCCGAAUGUUCUUAGAUGGUACCACUUGUCCUACUGGAAGCCUGAGUUUUCAAGAGAGAAUUUCUACUUGUUUGUGGGCAUUGGCACUAUAUUGACUGUCGUCCUAAUGAUGAUCAUAGGAGUGUCCAUGUUGAAGAUUUUCUGUCUUCUUUUACUACUCUCAUUUGUGUUUAGUGUGUCCAUGAGGGCUUUUAAAGUUCAUCAGGCAAACUCUGCUCGCAUGAUGCACCUGUCAAACCCUCUCAGUAUUAAAGAUAUGCCCAGUGCAUGUCGACCCCAUAGUAGGAAUUGGUUGGAAACCUUAAAGCAUUUUGGAGAAUCUGAUGAAUUCAACGCGCGGCUUUGUGCUCAGUAUUAUGAAGAUGGUUAUACGGAUCCGAUGACCCACAUUGAUCCAUUAGAAAUUAUUGUCUUGCAGUAUGGGCAAAAUCUUGUCUCAAUAGCUUCUGCAACUGGAAGGGCAUCAAGGCUAUUAUUUGACAACUUUUUUGACACAUUUGGAGGCAUACCUUUCAUUUCACCUAUCAUUGGUGUAAUAUUGAAACUCCUUCUGUGUAUUGUGUGUGUAAUAUCAUUCAUCCUAAUAAUUUGGCUAGUAGCCCCUACCAUGGUAAAAGAGAUGCUCAGAUCGAGAACUGGAAGUAGAUAUGAACCCCAGAGCGUCUGUGGUACCUCUUCAGCCAAUCCACAUCCGAUCAUUGUCAAUGUCAAUUUGCCAUCGGGAGCCAUAAUCAGCAACGAAAUUACUCCUCCACGCAGAUUUUCUGAGCCGACAAUGAUCGCAAUUGAGGACAAUUCUAAUAAAAAUGCAAAGCUUCUGAAAAAGCUGCAGUCGGAACCCAUUUUUAAAAACUGUGAACCACUGCCUAAAAUUGAUGGCAGUUCAUCAAGUUCUGUGGAGGAAAUUCUUGAACAGUGCGAACAGGUCCAAGUUGAAGAAACCGAAAGUUGUGCACGAGAAUCACCAAUUUUCACCCUAGAUGACUCAAAUGCUAGUCAGGAGUCUAAAAGUAGAGAGGAAGAUCCUGAAAGCCCUCAGAGCACUAACCAAGUUGUAGAAGUUCAUAGUCCCUUGCUGGUUGAACUUGAAAGGAUAGCAAACGACUUGGAUGUUGAAGCUGAUGAUAUUGAGGAGUGAUACAUCAUUAUUAUUUCCUUCAACUGUUACCAUUGUGACUGAUCCCCUUUAUCUUUAGGGGUGCUUCUGUAUAUUGAUAUCUGAUUUUUGUUUUGGUCUCUUAUUUUUAUUGUAUCAAAAAUUCAAAAUUGACUAGCUCUGUGUUGCACCAGACAAGACCUCUCUCUUUUUUUGACCCAUCUGCU